CCCCGGUCUCUCUAGUUGUCCCCCCCUCCCCGGCGCUCCGCCGCCACCGACCCCGACUGCGCAGUCCCAGCCCGCGCGCGAAGCCUGGAGCGACCCGGAGCGAGGACCCCGCCGAGGGACACUCCAGCCAUGGCCCUGGGGCUCUUCCGGGUGUGCCUGGUGGUGGUGACCGCCAUCAUCAACCACCCGCUGCUCUUCCCGAGGGAGAACGCCACGGUCCCGGAGAACGAGGAGGAGAUCAUCCGAAAGAUGCGGGAGCACCAGGAGAAGCUGCAGCUGGAGCAGCUGCGCCUGGAAGAGGAAGUGGCGCGGCUGGCGACGGAGAAGGAGGCGCUGGAGCGGGUGGCGGAGGAGGGCCAGCAGCAGAACGAGACCCGCGCGGCCUGGGACCUCUGGAGCACCCUGUGCAUGAUCCUCUUCCUGGUGAUCGAGGUGUGGCGACAGGACCACCAGGACGGGCCCUCAACCGAGUGCCUGGGCGGGGACGAGGACGAGCUGCCCGGCCUGCAGGGGGCCCCGCUGCGGGGCCUCACCCUGCCCGACAAGGCCACGCUUGGCCACUUCUACGAGCGCUGCAUCCGCGGGGCGACGGCGGACGCCGCGCGCACGCGGGAGUUCGUGGAGGGCUUCGUGGACGACCUGCUGGAGGCCCUGCGGAGCCUUUGCAACCGGGACACGGACAUGGAGGUGGAGGACUUCAUCGGCGUGGACAGCAUGUACGAGAACUGGCAGGUGGACAGGCCGCUGCUGUGUGAGCUCUUUGUGCCCUUCACGCCUCCCGAGCCCUACCGCUUCCAGCCCCAGCUCUGUUGCGCUGGCCAUCCGGUGCCCUUGGAUCGCCAGGGCUACGGCCAGGUCAAGGUGGUCGGGGCCGAGGAGGCCACGCUGGGCUGUAUCUGCGGCAAGACCAAGCUUGGGGAAGACAUGCUGUGUCUCCUGCACGGCAAGAACAGUUUGGGGCGCCCCGGCAGCGAGGCGGGGGUCUUGCUGUGUGCCCCAGAUUCCCCGUACCUCGACACGAUGCAGGUCAUGAAGUGGUUCCAGACGGCCCUCACCAGGGCCUGGCACCGCAUCGCCCACAAGUAUGAGUUCGACCUGGCCUUUGGCCAUCUGGACACGCCAGGGUCCCUCAGGAUCAAGUUCCGCUCUGGCAAGUUCAUGCCCUUCAGCCUGAUUCCAGUGAUCCAGUGCGACGACUCGGACCUGUACUUCGUGUCCCACCUCCCCGGGGAGCCCUCUGGGGGCGGCCCGGCUUCCAGCACCGACUGGCUCCUGUCCUUCGCCGUCUACGAGCGACACUUCCUCAGGACGACCUCCAAGGCGCUGCCCGAGGGGGCCUGCCACCUCAGCUGCUUGCAGAUCGCCUCGUUCCUGCUCUCCAAGCAGCGCCGGCUGACGGGCCCCAGCGCGCUCAGCAACUACCACCUGAAGACCGCCCUGCUGCACCUCCUGCUGGCGCGGCGGGCGGCCGACUGGAAGGCCGGCCAGCUGGACGCGCGUCUGCACGAGCUGCUCUGCUUCCUGGAGAAGAGCUUGCUGGAGAAGAAGCUCCAUCACUUCUUCAUUGGCAACCGCAAGGUACCUGAGGCCAUGGGGCUCCCGGAGGCCGUGCGCAGGGCCGAGCCGCUCAACCUCUUCCGGCCCUUCGUCCUCCAGCGGAGUCUCUAUCGGAAGACGGUGGACUCCUUCUAUGAGAUGCUCAGGAACGCCCCGGCCCUCAUCAGCGAGUACUCCCUGCAUGUCCCGUCCGACCACACCAGCCUGCCCCCCAAAGCCGUCACCUUGUAGAGCCGCCGGCACCCGGAGGCCGGGACAGGCAUCGUGCAUGUCCCACCCCAGGCCUGCAGCUCUGUCCCGGGAAGACAACGGGCCUUGCUGAGGCUCAGGGCUCAGCCCAGCGGGGAAGCCAGUACCCAGGAGACCGGCCCCAGCUGGAAGCUGGCUUGCGUUCACGCUGUUGGGCUGCUGGUGCUGCUGUCAUCUGGGCGAGGGGCCGACCCUUUGCAGCUUACUUUUGGAUCGCCACAAACGGCCAAGGUAAUGGCAGAACCUUCUACAGACACUGAGUUAGAGCCGAAUGCUGACUUGGGUGUCCGCUUACAUCCCCAGCCCAGCCUUGACUUGAAUACCAGCGGAGGGGCUGCAGGAAUCCCGACAGCAACCGUGAGAAGACCCUGCCCUUUUAUUUCCAGACGGUCACUCCUGGUUGCCGGCAUCUGCAGCCGGCGUGCGAAAAGGGACAUGCGUGGGAAUCUGCAGCCUUCCCCCGGCCUGCAUGCUGGGGCUCUCACGAAGCUGCCGGGUUUUAUACCAUUGGAGAAGAGACCUAGAGACUCAAGGCCCCAGCGGCUUGCACAGAAGGGGUACUUGGUGUCAGUGAGACGUCUCCGUUGCCGCUUUUUCAACUAUGUGUUUCACUCAGGGUUCAUGCGCUCUUCCCUGCCUCUGCCCUCAGCGUGUUUCCGGACACGCUGGGUCACCCACCAUGCUAGGUACAAGCUCAGCCCCUCACCCCUUCAUUCUCUCCAUGGCUGGUCCCUGACCACAUGCGGUAGGUAUGGAGAGGGCCUACACAGGAGAUAGAAGCUGACCUCGACAGAGACAUCGAGUGUCCCAGGCCUGGUACCUGGCUGCUGGGCUCACAGUGUGGCACUGGUACCCACUUCAGAGAGGCAGAGCCGGGUGGUGAGGGACACCAUUGCCCCCGGGUUCUGCUGAGGGCGCCUGUCCCAGAGCAGGGCCUGCCUGGAGCAAGAGCUGCUGUGGACCCCCAGCUCCCAUGCAGACCCCAGGCCCUGUCAGCUGUUCACUACACAGGGCUCCCUCACCACGCCCUUCCUGGAUGGCCUCGCGUAUCACACAGAUAAAGGCCUGCAGAUGCGAACCGGCUCGGCUGACGGGACACGGGGCAGCCCUGGGGGCAUAGGGAAGGCUGGAAAGCAGCCUCUCCGCGUGGCUUCACUUUGGGGUUUCCUCUUGGUACUGCCUCAGUAACCCUCACAGAGGGCCCAUGGUGAAGAGACAAGCACGUCUGCACCCGCACUUGCUCACUCCAGGUUUCAGCUGGCCGUGCGUCUGGACAGCCAUCCCAGGCCCAUGGGCUGCUGGGCUCACCACGAACUGAGGCAGGGUCCUGCCCUCGGUCCAGGUGUGGACUCACCAGGGCUCAGCAAGCCCGAGAGGAUGGGUGGCUUGCUUCUCAGACUCGGCCGUGAUGGGCUGCUGGGGACACCUUCCUGUGGGCGCUGGAGUUUGACCAGCAACCUUGGGGCAGCCCCUCCCUAGCCCCACAACAGCCCCCACUGCACUCCAGGAGUGAACUGGCCUGGUGUCCUCUCACCCAGCCCCGUGCUCCCAUCCUUGUCUUCAUUGCCAGAAUGGGGUGGAUGUCCUUAUUUAUUGUCACUUCUGCUUUUUCCUUCCCCUCUUCACCCUUUCAUUGUGCGCUGAAGAGACCCCAGCAGCCUAGAACCAGCCUUAAGAAGCCAAGACCAAGCCUGAAUCUCCCUCCAGGGAGCUUCUCCUUUGCUUCCAAGAGAAAGUUUACUGGAAAAAUACCUCCUGGCCUCUUGUUUAUUCCGAGAAGACAACUCAGUGUGGGCAAGGGGAUCUUUUAUGCACCAAAGAUGCUUUUGAAGCAGAAAGCAGUGGGGCUCUUGGUGUUUCAUGCUGCCUUAUUUAUAUGAAAGGAAGAAUUAAAUCUUGCAAGG